AUGCCAAAAGGGUGGGGUUCUGUGCGGUCUUUUCAUUUGAAAUUGUUGGAUUCGCUUGCGUUGCCGCUUUAUCAGGUAAUUCCUGAUAUGAAAUUGAAGAUUGAGGGAGCUAAGAGAAAAGAGGAAGCUAAGGAAGAGGAUAAGGAUGUGCAAGAUAAGAAAAAGGAUGUGGCUAAGAAGGAUCUUAAAGUUGGUAAGAAGAAGGGGAGGAUCCAUGAGGUUCAGUACAUGGAUGAUAAUAUAGGUCACGAACUCAGUCAAGAUGAGUCAGAUGUUGAGGAAGAUGGGGAUGUAGAAGAAGAUAAUGAGAAUGAUGAAAUGACUAUUGAACCAGUGCUAGAUAAGAAGAAAAGGAAAGGAUCAAUAACUAACAAAGAGGUUCUUAGUGAGCUGAAUAGUGAGAAAAAAUUGAAGAAGGCAGCCAAGAACAAGGAUAAAAGUAAUAAAGAUGGCUUGACUCCGAAGAGAAAGAAGGAAAAUGAUUUACCUGCUAAGGAUGAAGUUUCUGGCAAGAAGAAGAAGAAGGAAAGUGGAGAAGUGAAAGUAAAAGCUAAAAGAGUUAAGAAGGCUGCUUCUGCUGAGUAG